GGUGACGUGUGCCAAAAUCAAUUAUUUUUUUGUGAUUUCAAUAAAAUUAUUUAAUAUUAUAAUAUAAUUUUUCUGUGAAAACAAAAAUAGUGUUGGUGAUUUAUUUAAAUUGAACUGUUAAUAGUGAAAACAUAAAGAAGAUUUGAGUGAUAAAAUCAUGAAAUUGACAAACGUGCAAAUAAUGCCACCGGGUGGUGGUGAUGACCAUAAUAAGGAGCGCGCGAGGCGAUUUCCAAAUCGUAGCCCCAUAAUUGAAGGCAACGACGAUGGCAACAUCAUGGCUCGAAACAAUAUACACCAAAAUAGACUGCCGGAAACGGAUGAAAACGAACCCUUCAAUUUUAUAAAAUUCUAUCAUGGAAGGGAAUGGUCGGAGGUAGAGCAUUUGCUUCAACUGCCACCUGAUUCGGAAAAGGGUGACGAUGAAGAAGAAGAGGAUUGGUCUCCGGCGCCAUCACAUGCAAGUAAUGAUUCACAAGACGACCCAUUCGCAGAGGACAUUCACGAUUUUGUUAAUGUUUUGGAUAACAUGAUAAGGUCUCAGUCCAACUUAAGCUAUGAUGCAAACCGAGUUGUUGACUACCUUGAUCUUGACUUGUUUAAAUAUGAGUCUAUAUUGUCGAAUGUUCAAGAUUGGACUUGGGAAUCGAAUGAAUUUCUGAACGAUGAACCUUUCAAUUCAUCAAGAGUAGACGCAGCUCCUACUCCUUAAGGAAUUUAAAUCGACGAUGCAAACACAUUUAAAAUAUAUAUAAUUUUUUUUUUACAUAGCUAUAAGUUGAAAAAAAAUUAGAGCUGUUGGCUCUAAUUAAAUUAAAAUAUUGGUUUUUACAGUAUUGGCAUAUAAAAAAAGAUGUUAAAAUCAGUGUUUUUUUUGAAAAAAUUGUAAUAAAAUAAGAUUUUAAUAUAGACACAUUGAAUCAUAUUAAGCCUUAAUAGUUCGUUCGACAUUAUGAUUAUUGAUUCUAUUACCUUAAGAAUUUAAAUAGAAUAAUUCUCUGUUCAUGAGAUUAGAGAAUGUAUUAUUGUCUAAUCGCAUGAAUUGCUAAAAAAAAGUAGAUUUUUGAUAAGAAAAGUAUAUCUCUGUAAAUAUAUACGGUAGAAGAAGGUUGAUAUUUUCAUAAAGUUAUCAUUGCAUAUAUUUAAAUAAUAAUAUAUAUAAUAUAUAAGGAGAGUUUAUGAUACAGUUUCACAAAGUCUUGAUGGUUAAGUUUUGAUCUGCACAGAAAAGAGGAAAACUGAAUUUUAAUAGAAGAUACGCCCUUUAAUAGUUUUGUUUUUAAAAAUAUAAUAUAUUCAUUUCAACAUGAAGUAUCAAGUUUCUUCUAGAGAUAUAUAAAGCUUAAAACUAUAGUUUGCCGUUAUAAUAUUUUAGUAGGAUAUAGUCAGAUAAAUUAAAUAUAUAUGAUAAAAAUGUACCUAGUUUAUAUGAAGAAAUGCGGAUAGUUAUAAUGGGACUAAGUUGAGUAACUUAUCAUUUAUCCUACCACCUAAAAAUACUGAUAUGUGUGCAUGUAUUCCAAUUUAAAGGACUAGUGUAAUAACAAGCAUAUGACUUUUUUCAAUCACAUUGUUGGUGGCGCACAGAGCCGUGUGGUUCCGGCAGAGUAGAAUAGAGCCACCCAAUCUCCACCCGAGGGUGUCGUAAUCAGCAAUAUAUGGCUUAACCACCCAUGGUGGAGGAAAAACAACCAGAAUUCCUAAGGAGAUUGGUCGUCAGGUUGGCCGCCAGCCAUAAAAUUAUGCGAAAUCUUUUUUCUUGAAAUAUAAAACACUGCACCAACACCGAACAAUUAAAACAACAGCGAGUAAAUUGUGAUCAACGUAUAAUUUGACCACUUACCAUGUGGUGGUUCAUUCGCUCGCAUGACAAAUCUAAAAAAAAUACACACCCCAUAUUGUUCGUAUAUCUCGGUAUAUUAAAGUUUAUUAUAAUAUUUAGAUAUAUAUUACUAUAAGGUACACUAUAGGAGUAUUUAAAUUGCACAGAUAAAAAAUUGACAUAUAUGUAGUUCUUUUAGAUACAUUCUUGAUAUUCCUACAGUAAUAUCGAAGCUUACUGAGAUUAGUAGCUAUUAAAUUAUCUAUGGGUAGUUAUUUCUACGGACGUGUAAUAAAUUGGCAAAAGCUUAAUGAGUAUAAAUAAGAUAUUAAAAUAUUUUGUAUAAUUUCACUGUCGUAUUUUGUUAUUAUCCGACUAAAUAUAAAGGACAUAAUUAAAAUACUAAAAAAUAAAGUAACAAGUAUCCUGCAAAUGUCUCACUGUCGAUCUCCUUUUCGUUUUAGGAGGUUAGAGGCUUAUUCCGCUACUUAACUCCUUUCCAUUGCGGAAUUAUGGUUAUACAUGUCACAGAUUGUCAUUCAACACAUGCUACACUCACGAUGUUGUAUGAUAAAUUAUAAACACAAAAUAAGCAAAUGUAAAUUCAGCGAUGAUUUUCCGGGCUUGUAUUCAAAUUUUAAUUUAACUAUGCUACCUCGGCAAUAUAAGCAUCGCUAAUGCGUCUUAAAUUAGGUAAAGAUAAGUUAGUGUAGGAAUGUUUGUUUUUUAUGGAAAAUAUUUUUUGAUUAUUGACUAAGACACGCAUGAGGCAAAAACGAGUAGUUUGUACAUAAGUAUUUUAAGAUAUAUUAGGAUGUAGAUAUUUAUAUUUUUAUUUGCAUUUUAUUAAUUUUGUGUUG